GGCAUCGGGAUAUAUGAUAAACAGAGUAGCAGCAGUGUAUUUGAUGAUUGUAUGUGAGUGUGUGUGCRYGUGUGUAGAGUUAGUAUGAAUGUAUGUGCGUGUUAUGUGYGUGUGUGCUUGCCUUGCGGAAGUAGAGAGAACAGUCUAUGGGGUGGCUGGAGUCUUUAACAMUUUUCUGGGCCUUCCUUUCACACCGCCUGAUAUAGAGGUCCUGGGUGGCAGGKAGCUCAGMCCCAGUGAUGUYCUGGGCUGUCCACACCACCCUUUGUASUGCCAUGUGAUCGAKGUCAGUGCAGUUGCCRUACCAAGCAGUGAUGCAGCCAGWCAWGAUGCUCUCAAUGGUGCAGYUGYAGAACDUUUUGAUGAUUUCAACCUCCUGAGGAGCAAGAGGCUCUGUCGUAUCUUUUUCACGACUGUUUGUGUGUGUGUGGACCAUUUUAAGUCCUUAGUGAUUUGGACACCGGGGAACUUAAAGAUCUCGACCUGCUACACUGCAGCCCUGUCUCGAUGUGGAUGAGGCCGUGCUCGCCCCCCGUUUCCUGUAGUCCACGAUUAGCUCCUUGGUCUUAUUGACGUUGAGGGAAAGGUUCAUGGACAACAUAGAGAAUAUAAGACGUGUCAUGCCAUUUAUGUUUUUGCUCAGAGUAAACUGUCAGUGGUGGUGAGCUUAGAUUUUUCUCUUUAUUUUCUGUCUAAUCCUCACGUCUCACAGUGCACUUCUGGACRUACGAGCAAGACUUCCUGUCUCAGUACUGUCAGGUCUGGGUUCGGUUGGAGCUGGACGCCCAUCUGUCCCAGCAGGCUUUGCGAGAAGCUCUGGACACGAAGGAGGUGCAGGAGGCCAGAGACCGCCUUGGUCACAUCACUCAGCUCUCACAGAGUCUUGAGGUGGUGUGGCGUGAGGCCCGGUGGAUCAUGGAUGUCCUGCAGUGUGUCCGCUCUAAACAGUGGGUGGGGGCGGUGCCUCUGGGCCUGGUCAUGGGAGGAGACCCACCUGCCUGCCCAGACGAUGAGGRGGAUGACAGGCCUACCACCAGAGUCUGGCCCCAGCGCAUACUCUCUCAAAAGAAAAUAUCAGAGAGCAUUACCUGUACUGUUACAGACAUUGGUGUCAGCAGUGGGAUCUCUGAGCCAAUAUGUAUCCCGGGGGUCCAUGAAAAGGCUGUGGGUUUAAUUGAGGGGGCUAGCAAAGGGGGGUACCCCGUGGACCUCAGUGCCCAACAGCCUGUUGUGGCGUUCAACAGCCUGKACCAGUCAGGRRUUGGAUUYGACAGUGUGGCCCAAUCAGAAGUGGKAKAUCAURACAUUAUGGCMCAAUCAGAAGUGGCAGAUCAUGACAUUGUGAACCUGCCAGCUGCCUACAGUGGAGAACUGGAGUAUCCUCACAGUUUUGUCAGUGAUGUGAUCCCGCCUCUACCAGAUCUGGACAUCAUCUUCCCCACACUGAGUCUGAUAGAUGAAGAGAGGGAGGAGGACCCUGUACCUAGGAGGAUGGAUAUGCUUGACAGUUUAAGUCUUGGAGUCGGUGAAAGCGAGGCUUUCUUUGGACUAAACUCUGACUUGAUGAGUGGACCUAAGGGUUGCUCUCUCUCUGAUGUGCAUCAUGAUACGAACUCACUGACAGCAGGCCUUAGUUUAGGAGACAGAACCUGUGCAGAUACACUGUUCUCAGGUCAUUUAGAUGGGCUGGCCACAUCUGCCCCUCUUCCCAUUGUGAGGACCACACCUGCCCAGAGAUGUGAUUUACCUACAGAGAAUACUAUGAUACAUGCUGGCAACAGGGGGAGCAGCAUGCCAGCCAGGAGCCAGGUUGAGUGGGUGAACUCCUCUAACCAGGCAUCCUGAUGUAUCCAGRWAUUAUUAUAACUCAACGUUACACCAAAAUACAUUGUACUUAAUCAUCGUGCCUCUCGAAGAAUUUGACAACCAAUUCUCAACAAAUUCUUAAUAUACUUUCAGUGCCUUUAAGCGAGUGUGGCAAACGGUGGGAUAUUCAUGGUUGUUUUCUCAUCACAUUAUCUUACUCUCUGUAGUUUUUCCAGUAGUGAUAUAAAGGGCCUGUCUCCAAGAGACCUGCUAGACAUGCUCUGUGCUUCUGUACGCGAGAUGUCUCCCUGUUGCAACUUGUAUUAAACUGAAUUGAUUUAUGAUUGUCUAUAUCCAACAACUGCUAUUCUCUUUUGUUCAAUGUAAAAUACUCUUUACCGUAUUGUACUCUAUUAACCUGUUGCACUUUUGUCCUUAUAACACACAACUAGCUAGUCUACWGUAAAAUCCGUUGAAUGGUUUAUCUUUAUGAAAUUACCAAAUCAAAUAUUUUCAGCUGUAUUUGUGUUGUUCCACAUUAUAUUUCUAAGACAAAAGUUAGUUAUCUUUUUUUACAUUUUCCUUUUCAGAAAUGUGUGUGUAUUUGAGAAGGUUACACAGGCCAACUGGGUAUUAAGGUGAAGAUAUGUGUGAGGAUAUCAAUUCAAAAUGCCAAUAUUAAAGAUCCAAUGCAGCCAU